AUGAACUUUCGUGGGGCUAUCAACGCCUUGAAGAGCGCGUUCGAUUCCGACAAAGCUCGAUGCGUCAUACGAGCCCCACCAUUGGAUCUGAUUUUCAUCCUCGACAGUUCGGGAUCGUUGCGCGAUCAAUUUCAAAACGAGAUUGACGUCAUUCGACGGAUCAUUCGGCAUGUUACCAUAGGUGAUACGGCGACUCGGGUGAUGCUUAUCCAGUUCAGUGGCACUCAGCAUCUCGAGUUCAAUUUCAAUAAGUUCACUACACGAGAGGAGCUCCUAGCAGCACUGGGUGUACUUCGACAUGUGUCAGGCAUUACUCGAAUCGGUGGAGCGUUCGAGUUCACUCUCGAAGUGUUAAAGGAUCCUUCCAAUGGCAUGCGAGAUGCGAACGUGCCGAAGAUCCUCUACAUACUUUCGGAUGGACGAACUCAUGACUAUCCAAAGGAUUGGGAAAUGGCCAACGUUGUCAGAAGGUCGAUUCCGAAUGUGGACAUUUGGGCCUAUGGAACCGGGAACUAUGUCGCCAUGCCAGCUUUGCUAAACUACACACAGUCUGCCUCAAGGAUUAUCACAAAUGCGAAUUUGAACACACUGGAGUCGAUUUUCGAUCCGUAUCAUGGCAUCGAAAUCUGCGAGCAAAUUCCCUCUUGCAUAAAAGGCUCGGAUAAACCGGUCGAUCUUGUUCUGCUCGUAGACGCUUCUGAAUCCUUGACAAAUCUUUUCAAUGAUCAGAUCCGUUUCGCUAUCGAUAGAAUAAUUGGUAAUAUCAAUAUCCAUCCAGAUGCAGUGAGACUGGCGCUGAUCACCUACUCGGGUCAGACGUUCGUCCACUUCAAAUUCAACAAUCGUCAGUUCAGCAACAAUUCAGCAGUGAUUAGCCAUCUGAAAACGCUGCGAUCCAUCAAGGGAACAACUUCCACCGACACCGCACUGAAAGAGACAUUCGCUCUGCUCCAGUCUCGAGAUACAAACGAUGGAUUACGUCAAGGCGUUCCGAAAAUGGUAAUUGUCCUCACCGAUGGUCACUCGGCGAGAAGUCCAAAAGAAAUUGCUCAAGCCAUGAGAGCGCAAGGGAUAACGAUACUAGCAGUCAGCGUCACACCUAGGCCUUAUGUCGACGAAGCUGAACUCCUUAUGAUUACCGGAGAUCAAACGAGAGUCUUCACGCCCAGAAAUGCUCAGGUAAUACUGUUCGCACGAUUUCAUACCACUGGUGCUCUAUUUCGGAACUAUUAG